AGUGUCUCACGGGAAGUGAGGAGGAAUGUCAAGAGCAACACUUUGUCCCAGCAAAAGACAGUGACCUGAACCUUGUGGAAGGAUGUUCUCCAUUCUAAAGACACGUUCAUUGAGAAGCUCUGCACUGAUGAAAGUCUUCCAGCAAGAUCGCAGGCCUAUCAUCCAGAGCAAGCCGCCUAAAGACAAGAUUGGGACAGUGCAAUCUGUCUUCGCCAUGUGCGUGUUUGCUGUGACGCUGCUGGCCCCAGCUGGAUGGAUCUUGCACCACAUUCCCCACUACCAGCAAAGAUCAUCUGCACAACGCUGACUGCUCACUCCUUUCAGUCAAGUCCACAAGUAUUUGGACAAAGACUGUGUUUUUAUUUGUUGUCGUCAUUUUUGCCUUCAUAAACCACCACAACGGAAUUAAAAUAAAACACUCAAGAUGUGAUUAAACUGUAGCCCGAAAGCUUUCAUUUAAACAGUUUUGAAAAAAUAUGUCAUUUGUACAAUGUAGGAUUUUAAUAGUCGCAUCCGAACCAUCCAUCCAU